AGUUACACCAAAUUUCUUGGAAUGUAAUUCUUUUUAGUAUUAUACAGGGUUAAAUCGUCAAACGUGUAAGACCGGUUUUCAGGUAAAAAAAUACUUUUUUUUCAUAAACAUAUGUUAUAACUUGAUUUGUUUUCGCGAUACAGGGCGUCAAAGUUUUUAUACAAAAUUGUUUUUUAUUAAUUUUUCAAACAAUCUUUUUUUUGAUUUUGAUAAAAUUUGACAUUCAUUUACGGUACGCCAAUACUUUUCAGAUUAGGCAAUUAAAAAUUCAUUUUUUUGUCUCUUGAAGUUCUUUCCUAACCUGAUUUGUUUUUGAGAAGAAGAAUAAAAACAAAUAAAUCGUCGGCUGCCCUGUUCAUGUAAGACGAAAAAAUAAAAAUCAGGUCAAACAUAUAUCUGUACCAUAAUUUUCCAGAAAGAUGGAAGAGUUGUGGUCAAGAUGGCCUCUUGCCUUGUCUUGCGCGCUGUCUGAAUUUAACUCCUUUAUCACGAGCUCGUUAAUGAUGAAGGUACUAUACGGAAAAUGAUUGUUAAAGUACAUCAAGAGAUUACACCAGCGGAGUGUCCGCUGCACGACACAAUCAAUCCGUCAAGAGGAAUGUUUUUCAAUGUUAAAUGUUGAUGUUGCGAUAUCACAAAAUUAUUUUAACGUAGUGUUUCAUUUCAGAAAAGAUUGAAUAUUUUUUGCUUGGAUUUUUAGUUAUUGUUUUAAUUGGUGUAGCAACAUGUACUGUUUUUAUUUAGUUUUUUCAAAAACAAAACGUGUUACGAAAAACUGACAAUGCAAAAAAAGUGUAUUUUAAAUAGUUUUAAUUCAAAACAAUAUUAAACAUACGAAGGAACAGUAGCACACAAUAAAUUUUCCUAUAAAUAUCAAUUUGAUUACACUCUGUGAUGCCACUGCGAUUAACAAUUUUAUUCUAAAAAAAAAAAACGAUUUGUAUUUAUAUCUUGAAAACGAAUCAAGUUAGUUUUGAUUAGUCAAGUUAGUAAAACCGAUCUUAGACGUUUGACGGUUUAGGGUCACUCUUUGUAUAUCUUGAUCGACAAUCCAUUUAGUUCCAUCAAUAAUCAUUUUGCAAACUGUUUUUAAGAACUUCAAAUUGAAUUUACACUGGGUCCAAUUUUAAUAUCGAUCGUAAAGCGAUCCUAGAAUGCGGUGUUAAUCAUAUUUACUGGAACUGAUAGGUAAGUAGGUACUUACAAUUAUGAUUCUUUGCAUACUAUAAAAUUGAAACAGUAUCGUAAUUAACACAAUUUGCAGUAAAUUAUUGAUUUAAAUAAUUUUUAUUAAGAAAUUUUUUAUACACCUGCUUUGAAAAGUACCUAUGUCAAAUAAAAAAAUGUUAAAAGCAGACCACAUUGCAUAUCAUCGAUAAAAUUACUACAACGCAUGCAUUCAGUUCAUAACCCUAACCUAACUAAUUGCAAAAAAAAUGGUACGCCAGAGGAACUACUUAUCUUGUUUUGUUUUUGAAAUAUUGUUUUGGAUAUUUUUUAAAAGUUGGUUAGGUUUGGUUUCUAUAGUUUCCUCAAAGUACCAAAAAAGUUAUAAACCACCAUAUCGUUUUGCGAUAGUCUCGUGUAUUGCGACGCUUAUUCAGCGGUGCAUAUUAGCAAUAAGAAAUGAACAGAAACGAAACUCAGAUUACUAUUUAUUUCAAAAAAAUGAAAAAACAGGAGCCCUGUUAAAAAAUUAAAACCCCGUCACUGAAUACUGGCUAAAAACACCUUGGAAACAGCUCAAUAACCUACUCGUAUCUCGAUGAUAAGCAAAGCGAUCGUCUUUCCAAAGUAAAAAAAAAGUCCGUUUUAAUACCCAACGAUAUAGAUGGGAUCAUAUUCCAUCAUUUUCCGAUGUGCUACGUCUAUGUGUCUUGUAUGGGAUAGAAUGCUCGUUGAAAUUGCUGGCCGAUAUCGUCGAAAGGGGGAUAUCUUGAACAUCUUCCAGACAAUUGUUCUACGUUGUCGAAUUUUGCUUAAACGUUAUAAUACCGGCAUCUAAUCAGGCGAGAUAAGCAGAUAAUAAUGUUAUUCUGAACUGGAAGGUUUUGUAUAGAACGCACUUGGAUUACUGAACAAAAUGGCACGAGGCGAUGCGGGUCAACAAGGAACGCAAUCUUAUCCGAUUAAACAAGUAGCGGUGGAUCCGCCGACCAGUUCAGCAAAACAACAUACAAGUUCAAGUCGGGCAAGUUCGAGCACCCAAACAAACAUAACAGAUGGAUCGACCCCAGUUUAUCAACCGUCGCGGUCAGACAUCGGAAGAGAUGAACCGCCGCCCGCCUACGAACCGCCAGAACUGGAACAACUUGCAGGGCGAGUCCCACCAUACGAGCCGCCACAAUUCCAACAACAGACUUCGUUGGCCGAAAUGACAUCAACCGGAUAUCUGACGGAAGUUACUGUCACCACCCCCACAGAGCGGGAACAGUCGAUAGAGUUAACGACAAUAUCGUCUGCAACGGGAGAUGUUCCAUCCUCGCAGCCAGCUAGACCUCAACCAGAUUUAGUAGCGUAUCAGCAGCUGGCCGUACUACCGGCACCCGAACCUCAACCCGACCCUGUGACUUACCACCAAAUACCAGUUCGACCAGGUAAUAGUAUUGGCCCUUGCCCAGUAUGUCAGGGUACGAAUUGGGUGGCGUUUUAUCCUCUGUCGGCGUGGCUGUUCGCCAUUUUCCUGUUCCCGCUCGGUAUCCUGUUUUGCCUGUUCAUGCAACGUAGGGAAUGUUUAAAAUGCGGCUUGCAAAUGCCGGACCACACUUGUCUUUAACGAGUC